GUUGAGAUCACUGAUGUAAAUGGGAAAAUAAUUGAUGGUCCAGUUCGCCUAGAAGUUUUAGUUAUUGAUCAAAAUGAUAACAAGCCAUUGUUUAAAGAUGGACCCUAUGUUGGCCAUGUCAUGGAGGGAUCCCCUACAGGAACGACUGUGAUGCGUAUAACAGCAGUUGACGGUGAUGAUGCUAACACAGACAAUGCUCUUAUCCGGUAUGACAUCCUCAAACAGACACCUGACAAGCCAUCUCCAAAUAUGUUCUUUAUUGACCCAGAAAAGGGAGAUAUUGUUACGGUGGUAUCAUCUGCACUGUUGGAUCGUGAGACAAUGGAAACUCCACAAUAUGAGCUAGUUAUUGAAGCUAAGGAUUUGGGUGGCCAUGAUGUGGGACUAUCUGGUACAGCAACUGCCACUAUUGUUAUUGAUGACAAAAAUGAUCACGCACCAGAAUUUACCAAGAAGGAGUUUCUUGCUACAGUAAAGGAGGGAAUCACAGGUGUAAUAGUAAACUUAACUAUUCGUGACCAAGAUGACCCAGCAACUGGAGCAUGGAGAGCUGUCUACACCAUUAUUAAUGGAAAUGCAGGGCAAAGUUUUGAAAUCCAUACCAAUCCCCAGAAUAAUGAAGGAAUGCUUUCAGUUGUCAAACCUUUAGACUACGAGAUUUCAGCAUUUCACAGGCUAAUGAUCAAAGUGGAAAAUGAAGACCCACUGGUUCCAGACAUAGUAUAUGGCCCCAGUUCCACAGCAACGGUUCAGAUCACUGUUGAAGAUGUGAAUGAAGGCCCAAUAUUCCACCCGAACCCGAUGAGAGUGACAAAACUAGAAAACAUCCCUAUUGGCAGCAAGGUGUUAACGGUAAAUGCCACUGAUCCAGACACUCUGCAACAUCAGACUAUCAGGUAUUCAAUUUACAAGGAUCCAGCAGGUUGGCUAGAAAUCAGCCCUACUAAUGGUACCAUUAUUACCACUGCUCCUCUGGAUCGGGAAUCUGUCUAUGUUCAAAAUGACACAUACACGGCUCUCUUUCUGGCAAUUGACAAUGGUCACCCUCCCGCUACAGGUACAGGAACUUUAUACAUUACCUUGGGUGAUGUCAAUGACAAUGUCCCAUCCCUUUACCCAACACUGGCAAAAGUUUGUGAUGAUGGGAAAGAUCUCAGGAUAGUAGUACUCGGAGCAACAGACAAAGACCUUCCUCCCAACACAGAUCCAUUCACGUUUGAACUGAGUAAGCAAACUGGCCCAGAAAAAAUGUGGAGACUCGCCACGCUUAACGAUACUCAUGCCCAGAUCAUCCUUCUUCAAAAUCUGCAAAAGGCCAAUUACAACAUCCCAAUCUCGGUGACAGAUUCUGGGAAUCCUCCUCUGACUAACAACACAGAAUUGAAACUGCAAGUGUGUGCCUGCAGGAAAUCCAAAAUGGAUUGCAGUGCAACCGAUGCCCUUCAUAUCAGCAUGACCCUUAUCUUCCUUUCGCUCUUUAGCUUGCUUUGUCUGUAAGAACUCCUGCCAUUUGAAGCUGUCUACCGAGUUGCCAUGACAACAAGAAAAAAGAAAGGAUCAGAUCUGAAGAUUGCAGUUUUCACUUACUUUCUUCACUACUAGGCUUCAGUUGCUCCAAAUUCAGUUUAAUUUGCAGCCUCACUUACUCUGUCCAACUGUACAUUGGUGUUUGACAGCCUUUACCUUACCUGCCAUUUGUUAACGUUUCCAUCUUGCAAGACGCAAGGCUGAUGGGAAUUUUCUCUGAAUGUUAUAAGAAUAGGAUACCUAAACAGGAGUUUGGGGAAACAGAAAACACAGUGGCUUAAUUUUUUCUCUAUCUAUCUGUUGACUUGUUGCUAUUGAACUGUUCAGAAAAUAUUUUGUCUGUGGGUUAGUAUUUGUAUAUGUAUGAGUGUAUGUAUAUACAUAUAUAUUUAUAUAGAGAGAAGAGUUAUACCACAGGUUUAGCUUUUGUAAAAUAUUCAUCUGGAGUGAAUGAGGGAUAAUACAGCUACAGAUGAAUUGUAACUGUUCUAUCGUAGCUAAACCUACUAUGUUUGCUGUUUCUAGUGUGGCCGGAAGGAGAGAGCCUAUUUGAAUCACAAGGCUCCAACAGCCACUUUGCUGACACAGUCACAUCAGGCCCAAGGCUCUGUAGUGUCACUUGUACCUCAGGGUCAGAAAGCAAGAAAUACAAGCCCCCUUAGGCUUGUUUCUGAUCUGAACUGCUUUCCUUAUGUCUCAGAAGGAACUGACAAUUGGGCAGGAGCACCACUUUGCGCUCUCCAUGUCAGUGUGAGCCACACUGGCAAGAUCUGGGAAGCAAAGGUCUGCGAAUGGGAAAGCAGGACUGCAUAGUCAUGAUUCACAGUGGUGGGAGUGCUGGGCCUGGUUUUUAAAGGGGAUAUAGUCAGCUUACGUUAUGCCCUUGUAUUUGCCAGGGCAGGCUACAAAAUGUAAGUCUUUCAUCAGCUCUGCAGUCAUGCCUCAGGUGGAUGUCUGCACACGAGAAGGUGAUUAGAACAGCAAAAGCAAAGGAUUGCUCAGAAGCACUGGUAUUUCUCUCAGCCUCUAUGCAGUUGUCCUUACAUGCAUAAGUGCGAGGCAGGAAACAUGCCCUCAUAUACAUAUAUUCACACACAUACUCACAGUUUUGAAUAUAUAUAUACAUACAUACACAUACGCACAGUUUCCAGUUAAGAGUAACAACAGAAUUUCUUUGUGUGUGUAAACUUACCACACUUGUUUGAGGACAUGGAGAGAAAGUGUUCGUUAGAUAUGAAUAUGAAUCGUUUCUUAUUCUGUGAGCAUGUAAGAUAAAAAAAUCCCUUCUAAUUGUAUCAAGAUGAUCAUCUUGUUAUUAAAUCAUGAAAGAUCCAUUAAAGCUCACACCAAAUUUUUUUACAACACAAAAAAUAUGCUAGUGACAGACUGUGGCUUUUAUUAGAGCUUUCCAGUGACUAGGGUAAGGUAAGUGUCUUAGAAUAUUUUACUAAACUUGCUUAUUUAAAGUUUAAACAAGAAAGCUUCUUUAUGCAAUAGAACUUUGCAGCUGCAUUCUUUAGUUAGCAUCCUUACCGUAGUUAUAAGUCAUACUGUAUGUUGUCUUUACUACAGUGAGAUUAUGAGCAUAUAUUCCAUAACACGUAUAUGUUUCAGUAGGAAAGAUUUUGAGAAGUAUUAUGAAGUCCAAACAUGCAUUUAGUUUGCAUAAUGCUACACUAGAUAUUAAAUGUGUGUUGGUGGAUAA